AAUAAUUUUGUCAAUCAACACGUGCGAUCAACACAGGUCAACCCUAACCCAGUCUCUAUCGGCUUUGAAGGAAAUGGACAAUAUCCGUCCUUGUCACAUUUUAAUAUGAGCAACAUGGGAUUUUAUGUAUUACCCAAUCCCCAUUCACCUCCAUUACACCAUUAUUCGAACCAUGCACAAGGGAAUGGGUACCCAAAUCAGGCCACUGGCCAGUAUAAUGGGCAGAACGCAGGGGGAAUACAAUACGGCGUUCCAUUUGCACCGGCUUAUGCACAUUAUCCAAUUCCCCAGCACUCGCCAAUUCAACAUGGUCACUCUUCUCAAUAUGCUGCCAACCAAUCGAUACAAAGUAUGAGAGGGGCUCAGACACCUUCUUAUCAGGCAGGUUAUUAUCUCCCUCCAGCGUACACUGCCAAUUACGGGCAUGGAACACAUACGGCUAGUCAAUUACCACAACAAUCCCGUACUCCAGUUUCUUCUGGCCGUCGUUCAUCCGCAACGGUCAAUACAAACUCUAAAAAGGCGGAAACAGACAAGCGAGCUUCUGAGGAAAGUUACGAUGUAUCGAUCGUGGACGGGUCUAAUCCUCCAAAGCCGGCACAUGGCCCAUCGCAUGAACCUAGUUCUCUCGCUCCGUCAAUCUCAUCACCGAGCAAUCUACGAUGGCCUCCACGGAAACCUAAACAGUCCGGCCACGCCUUAUGGGUUGGAAACUUACCUGCCGAAGCAAAUGUGAUAGAUCUUAAGGAUCAUUUUUCACAAGACGCAACUGAUGACAUUGAGAGUGUGUUUCUCAUCUCGAAGAGUAACUGUGCAUUUGUGAAUUACAAGUCGGCGACUGCCAGCACUGCUGCAUUAGCGAGAUUUCAUGAUUCUAGAUUCCAAGGUGUUCGCCUUGUGUGUCGAUUACGGAAGGGAUUUUCAGUGCCGGGAUCUGGUCUCUCGCUAGCAAUUUCUCCCAGGUCGCGAACUAACGAAUAUACGGCGGUCAUUCCAAACGGUGAAAAACGGGAUCUGGCCGAGGGUCCCUCUCCCUCACUCGAGAGGGGCUCUCGUUCUUCAGAUCGAUAUUUUGUCGUGAAAAGCCUGACAGUAGAUGACCUUGAAUUCAGCAGGCAGAGUGGUAUCUGGGCCACUCAGGCACACAAUGAGAUCAACCUUAAUAAUGCUUUCGAGGCCACUGAUAAUGUAUAUUUGAUAUUUUCAGCGAAUAAAUCAGGAGAGUACUUUGGGUAUGCUCGCAUGUUGUCUCCGAUCAGGGACAACGAAGAGCUUGCUCUGGAAGUGCCACCACGUCUAGAGCGUGUACCGGGGACAACAGAUGAAAUGAAGACGAUCCCCACUGCAGCCACCUCAACGGCUCCCAAGGGACGUAUUAUUGAUGACUCUACCCGUGGCACCAUCUUCUGGGAAGUCGAGUCCUCCGAGGAUGAGAAUGACGAUGCCCGGAGUGAAAAAAGCACGGACAUCACACCCGAAGAGACUGAGCCUCAAGGACAAUACAUUGGGAAUCCAUUUCGUAUACAAUGGCUCUCUACUGAACGAGUGCCCUUCCAUCGGACACGCGGCCUCCGCAACCCUUGGAAUGCCAAUCGAGAAGUCAAGAUUGCUCGUGACGGGACCGAAAUAGAGCCGACUAUCGGCCGAAACCUGAUUCAGUUGUUCCACCAGGCCUCAACUUAA